GAGCCCCCGACCCGGCGGCUUUCCAGCUGAUCAGGGAUUUGCUCGGGGAUUUGCGGAGCCGGUCCUGUCCAAUGCGAAGCUCCACAUGAUCGCUGUGGGUCCACUUGGGGGAAGGGAUUGUCCACUGGGGACAGAGCUGGGACUCGAAGGCAUUUUGCCCUGCCUCUCCACCGGCCUCCCCGCCACUACUGUGGAGUGGUGGGAUGGACAGAUUCCUGCAGAAACGAGCCCGGGGGGUCUUUUUGGAAAAAGCAGAGGAGCAGAAGCCCACCAGGGAAGAGGCAGACUCAGGAGAAGAUGGAAGGCCUGCAGAGAAGAGGCCCAGGAGGGAGACCCCGGGGCCCACCAGCCACCAGGCAGGCCUCAGCUGGAGGCACAUUCGAGGGGAGGGCCUGAACUGCGAUUAUACUAUCCUGUUUGGCAAAGCAGAGGCGGAUAAGAUUUUCCGUGAGCUGGAGGAAGACGUGGAGUAUUUUACUGGUGCACUGGCAAGGGUCCAGGUGUUUGGGAAAUGGCACGAUGUACCAAGGAAGCAGGCAACCUAUGGUGACGCUGGACUGACCUACACGUUUUCGGGUCUUACAUUGUCUCCCAAGCCCUGGCUUCCCGUUCUGGAACGCAUCCGGGAUCGAGUCUCUGCUGUGACAGGACAGACCUUCAACUUCGUGCUCGUCAACAGGUAUAAAGAUGGUUGUGACCACAUUGGUGAGCACCGGGACGACGAAAGGGAACUGGCCCCUGGGAGCUCUAUUGCCUCUGUGUCCUUUGGCGCAUGCCGCGAUUUCGUCUUCCGGCGUCACAAGGCCUCCCGAGGGCAGCCUGGUAGCCGGCGGGGUGAGGCAGUCAGGCUACCGCUGGCCCACGGGAGCUUGCUCAUGAUGAACCACCCGACCAACACUCACUGGCACCACAGUCUCCCCAUCCGCAAGAAAGUUCUGGCUCCACGCGUCAACUUGACGUUUCGCAGAAUUCUGCCUACUAAGAAAUGAGAUGCUUUUAACAGUUAGCUCUCUGUCUCCUCCUUCCCUGUCUAUUCUAAGAGCCUGAAGCAGAGGUGGCUUGAUGGGUUUUUUUUUUUGGUUGGUCCUGGGGCUUGAACUCAGAACCAAAGUGCUGUCCCUGAGCUUUUGUGC